AUGGCCGACUCUGAAUACAACGCCGAGGAGGCUGCCGCCCUCAAGGCCAAGAGAUCCUUCAAGAAGUUCACCUACCGUGGUAUCGACCUUGACCAGCUCCUCGACCUUUCUUCCGAGCAGCUCCGCGAUGUCGUCCACGCCCGUGCCCGCAGACGCUUCAACCGUGGUCUCAAGCGCAAGCCCAUGGGUCUGAUCAAGAAGCUCCGCAAGGCCAAGCAGGAGGCCAAGCCCAACGAGAAGCCCGACCUUGUCAAGACUCACCUCCGUGACAUGAUCGUUGUCCCCGAGAUGAUCGGCUCCGUCGUCGGUGUCUACUCCGGUAAGGAGUUCAACCAGGUCGAGAUCAAGGCCGAGAUGGUCGGUCACUACCUUGGUGAAUUCUCCAUCUCAUACAAGCCCGUCAAGCACGGUCGCCCCGGUAUUGGUGCCACCCACUCUUCCCGUUUCAUUCCCCUCAAGUAA